ACGUGACACCGCCGUGCGCGCCCCCGGCGCCGGGCGCGGCAGCGCGCGCGCGCGACUGUGAGUGCGUGUGUGUGUGUUUCCCCGCCGCUCACGUGACCGCGCUGACUCGGCGCUCACGUGACCGCGCGGCGGGGCCGUGCCGGAGCCGGGGCCGCGCUCGCCAUGGGCUGCUGCUACAGCAGCGAGGCCGAGGCCUCCGACCAGGAGGAAGAGACAAAGCGGCUGCUGGAGCCGGCAGCCAGCCCACCCAACAAGGUGCUGAAUGGAGCGGAGCAGAGCUACCACAACCUCCCGUCGGCACGCACCGAUGAGCAGGCCAUGCUGUCCUCCAUCCUUGCCAAAACAGCCAUCAAUAUCAUCGAUGUGUCGGCAGCAGAUUCCCAGGGCAUGGAGCAGCAUGAGUACAUGGACAGAGCCAGGCAGUACAGCACACGCCUGGCCAUGCUCAGCAACAACCUGACGCACUGGAAGAAGCUCCCGCUGCUGCCGUCUCUGACUAACCAGCCGCACCAAGUGCUCGCCAGUGACCCUGUCCCCUUUGCAGACCUGCAGCAGGUGUCCCGGAUAGCUGCCUACGCCUUCAGUGCGCUCUCACAGAUCCGUGUCGACGCCAAAGAAGAACUGGUUGUACAGUUUGGCAUCCCCUGAACCUGUCCCCACCACCGCUGCUUCACCGCUUUGGGUUGUUUUUGGUUUUUUCCCCAUUUUUUUUCUCUUUAUAUCCCUUCCCUCCCCAUGCUGCUGCCACAGAACUUGGACAGAUACCUGUUUCCUACUAAAUGCCAAGGCGCCCAUCAUUGGCA